AUGGAGGACGACUCAGCCCACCUCCUGGACCCACAGGAGGCCGCAGCGGCGCGGCGCAAGGAGGGGUGGGGUGGCCUGGUGAAGUACGAGUACCGCCGCAUGCUGGCUCUGGCGGUGAUGCUGCCGCUCACGCAGCAGGCCAGCGGCAUCAACACGGUCAUCUAUUACUCGUCCAUGGUCUUCCUGCGUGCGGGCCUCAGUAGCCCGAUCCUGGGUUCCAUCCUGGUGGGCGCCAUAAACCUCGGCUUCACGGCCGGCGCGGCGACGCUGAUGGACCGCUGGGGCCGCAAGCCGCUGCUGCAGGCGUCGUUUGGCGGGAUGGCGGCAUCGCUGGCGCUCGUGGGGGCGGCCAUCUUCCUGCCGACGGGCCCCGUGGUGCAGGGUGUGCUAACUGUGGCGCUCAUGCUGCUCUACGUAGCGGCCUUCGCCAUCGGCUGCGGCCCCAUCCCCUGGGUCGUGCUGUCCGAGAUCCUGCCCUCGCGCAUCAAGGGCCCCGCCGCCUCCCUCGCCACCGCGGCCGGCUGGCUGGGCAAUCUGCUGGUGACGCUGUCUUUCGACUCCCUGCUGGGGCGGCUGGGCCUGGGGGGCGCGUACAUGCUGUAUGCCGCGCUCAACGCCGGGGCGGCGUGGUACGUGACUGCGCGGCUGCCGGAGACGAAGAUGAAGUCGCUGGAG